GAAUCCGCAGUGUAUAUCUAAAAGACUAAAACCCGCCUAUUUUCGUCCUUUGUUGCUCUGCAACCAACCUUCAAAAGCAAUCCCUAAUUAAACCCUAAAAUCCGUCGGCCAUUGGAGUAGGGGGAAGGAGACGGCCAGAGUAAUCUUUGAUUGGCAAGAUGCGACUCAUUCGGAGUGUUCUUCGACCUGCUAAUAUUGGCUUGUCUCGUCAGUGUCAAGUAACCAAGACAUCAAGUGCUCGCCUAUGUCCAGUGAUUGAGAGAUCCAGUAUAGUGCAUGGAUCAAAUGCACAGUGGUGUGGCAGGUCAUAUGCUGCCUCUGCUUCAUCUGAUACUGUGGAAUGCAAGAAGGCACGGAGAAGGGUCUCAAAGGAUGAACGCAAAACCAUGGUGGAAAACUAUGUUAACAAGUACAGGGAAAUGAAUGCAGGGAAGUUCCCAACUGCUUCUGAUGCCGUGAAAGAUGUGGGUGGCUCUUACUAUGUUGUUAGACAGAUCCUACAGGAGCUGCAAUACAAUUCCAAAGUGUCGCCUGUGGAUACUAAGGAUGCUUCAAUGGAGAAAAGUUUCAUGAGUAAGGAUGAGACACCCACCAAAUCUGUAGAAGCCUCUCAAACCAGGGGGCUAGGAGAAGUCAGCCCUAUCUCGAAAAUGGCCACUGCAAAGUCCAGUUCCAAGAGCCUUAAAUCAAAGAAAAGCUCACAAUCUUCAAUUUCAGUUGAGGAGAGCAUAAAUGAUGAAACCCAACUAUCUUCGGCAGUGAUUGACAGAUCAAAAGAUGCUGAAACUCAAUCUCACCGCCCGAUUGAUGAACCUAAAAGCAGUCGGCACCCUGAUCCUGAACAUAAAACAAAACAGGAGAUAAUACGUGAAGAUAAGUUGAAAUUUGAUGGGUUGCAAACCAAGGCUGAGCCACAAGAGUCAACUGAGUCAGAAAUAUCGAGAAGGGAGUUGCACAAGGUGCCUACUGAAGUUGCAGAACCUCGAAGCAAAACCUCGGUGUGGCAAAAUCUGAAGUCUUUCGCAAAUGGAAUUUUCAGUAUAUGGAAGAGAUCUUAAUUUUGCUUGGGGGAUAUCAGAAAUAUGAAAUUUUAUGUCUCAGCACAACAGAGAUAUUUUCUGUUCAGGUCAUUAUCAGAAGUUGAAGUUUAUUGUUUCUCCAUCAAACAAGGAACUCUAAGGAAACUCCGUUGAUCGUGCUGCCAUUUGUGGGCUUAAAGGAUUGAGAUGCACAAGUGUUAGUAAAUACAUAGUCGAGCUCGCCUCAACUGGAUGAAUACUAUUUCUUAAAGCAGUAAGGUUGUUAAGAGGCAUUAGAAGAGGUAAUGGUGAAUUUACUCGGUACUGGACACUGUUCAGAAAAUGAGCUGCCUGCUGUUUGCCGGAAAUUUAUGAAGAUAAAAUCAGCACUGCAACAAUAAUAGAGAUAAAUUGCGGAUCAGCAGGCCAGCUUUCCAUAGAGCUUUAUGAAGUCCCGCUUUUGUAUAUUUUAGUAGAAUCCCUUUGCCCUUAGUUUGUCCACUCCAUUCCUCGUUGCUGCACUAACAUUUUUGGGGUAUGUGCUUCGGCUAUUCAUGAACAGAAGUUGGUUUAAUGUUUCUUCGUGAACUGAUGAUUCCCAUGAAUCUUCUUGAUGGUUUCUAACAAGUGGUUAUAGUUAAUACUUUGCA